UUGGAUUAUGUGUAUCGUUGUUGGCAACGCUGACUGGCACAGUUCUCGCAACCGUCAACGUAGCUGGGUGGAGUCUUUGCGGAAAAAACUACUGUGCAUAAUUUUUUCCUGUAGUUUGAAUCGGCUGAUUUGAAUGCUCGCGGUGACAUCGAAGAGGUUAGAUUAGCGUCAUUUAAAUUGUAAACUUCAGUAAAAUUUACAUUUCGAAGUUGCUCUGAAGCAGUGAUUGUGCCUGAAAUGACGAUUGAAGCGGAAAUUCGGGGAAAGGGGGACUGCUAUCAGGAAGUCCAGGCGAAUUUGGGUAACAUUGGCCCUGGUUGGCCGCCAACUGCUUCCAGCCAGCCCCAUUCCGCCAAGCACAAAGUGUUAAAAGAGUCCUUCGAACCGCCACCGUUCCUGACCGCUGUGCUCACUCAGAUCAGCUUCUCUCUGAUCAUGUUGCUCAGCUUUGUCAGCCAGUUCUGCACCAGGUUUUUCUACCCGCCCAAAGUGAACGACGAAGUGUUCCGUUCGGGGUACCCACCCCUGUUCGACCGAUUCUCAAUGUUCUACUCCCAGUACGUGUACAGGAGAAUACGAGACUGUUGGAACUACCCGAUUUGCAGCGUGCCGGGCAGUGAAGUGGUUCUGAAGGAUCGCGUAACCAAAGACUGCGGCUGGACCUUCGAGUUCACCGGCUCGCAAACCAAGUGCCUUAAUCUAGCCUCGUACAAUUACUUGGGGUUUGCCGAAGCUUCCGGGCCUUGUGCUGAGGCAGCUAUAGCGGCGCUCUAUCGCUAUGGAAUCAGUAGCGGGGGCUCGAGAACGCGCUACGGUACUGUAAAGAUCCACCAGGAGCUGGAGCAGCUCCUGGCCGAGUAUUUGGGCGUGGAGGACGCGAUCACCUGCGGCAUGGGGUAUGCCACUAAUGCCUUAAACAUGCCCAGCAUCAUCGAUGCUCAGUGCUUGGUGAUCAGCGACGAGAAGAACCACGCCAGCCUCAUCUGGGGCAUCAAGGUAAAUGGGGCCACAGUCUCGGUGUUCAAGCACAACGACAUGGCACAUCUGGAAACCCUUUUGAGGGAGGCCAUCUGCUUCGGCCAACCCAAUCAGGCAGACGGUGUCUUCAAACCUUGGGAGAAGAUAGUGAUUGUGGUGGAAGGAGUGUAUAGCAUGGAAGGCACCAUUGUGAAACUCCCGGAAGUGAUUGCGCUGAAGAAGAAGUAUAAGGCGUACCUCUACUUGGACGAGGCGCACAGUAUUGGGGCGAUGGGCAAGCACGGCCGGGGGGUAGUGGACUAUUUCGAGUGCGACCCCAAAGACAUCGACAUUCUGAUGGGAACGUUUACGAAGAGUUUCGGAAGCGCUGGCGGAUACAUAGCGGGAGCGAGCGAGCUGGUCACAUACCUGAGGGCGAACAGUCUGGCCUCCUCGCACGCUUGGGCCAUGUCGCCUCCUCUAGCCGCCCAGAUUAUCGCCGUACUGAGAAUCCUCAUGGAAAAGGACGGAACAAACGAGGGACAGCGGCGGAUUGAGGCUCUGGCUCGCAACACGCGCUACUUCCGCAUGAGGCUAAACCAAAUCGGAGUGAUCAUCCAUGGCAAUGAAGACUCCCCAGUCGUUCCCAUCCUGGUCUACUUGUACUCUAAGAUCGCCGGCGUCGUGCGCUCGCUGAUCAAGAAGAAAAUCGCCACCGUUGGGGUGGGAUAUCCAGCUACGCCUCUGUAUGAGGGCAGGAUUCGCAUCUGCCUGUCGGCUGGCCACACCAAGGAGCAGUUGGACUACGCGCUGGAGGUGAUUGAGGAGGUCGCCGACGAAAUCGGACUGCGGUAUUCGAGGAAACCGCGCGAUCUCACCCCCAUCGACUACGACCAAAUCAAAGUUUACCAGGACUAGGCAGCUUCACCAUUUGUUACUUACACUUUCACCUUAGGGCCUUAUGGGGACGGGAUGUGAUCGACGCCAACCAAAGUAUCUUAGGACUUUAAGGAUGUAACUUUGAAAGGGAAUUUUCUGCGAACGAAAAAUCCCUUUCAAAGUUAUGAAUUGUCGGACAACGAAAAACUCUUCAUUUAAGUAUAUACCGAAUCAGUUUUUGUUCAGGAACAUGAUGUGAUAUGAGCAGCGUUGUUUACAACUAGUUUUAUUCCACGCUUUGUAGAACUUUUAUUCCAAUAAAAUGUUAUUUAAUUAAUGUU